AUGUGUACAUCUCAGUACUUUUCUAGUUUUGUGCGACAUGUCUGGAGUUCUGUCAGUAAUAUUGAGGGCUUUUAAAAGGCUACCCAUAAAAGGGGUCAUCGUAGUUCUGUAUAUAGUGGGAGUUCUUGCAGUUAACUGGCACCUGAGGGACGAUCCCUCGGUGGAAGACCGCUGUUCCCCUGAAUAUCCAGAGUUAAGCGAGAAUUUGGACAUGCCGACGGUGACGAGUGACGGGAGUAUCCUGGACGACAAAGGUCGAAUCUUCUCGACGGGGCAGUACUGGUCAGAGGACGAAGGAGUCUUUCACGGGUGCCCUUGCAGCGGCGACAAGCCCUGCAUAAGAAAAUGCUGCAAACUACACCAAGCCUACAACUACAAUUAUACUUGUGUAGACAGUUUCACCAUGGACAUAGAUGAAUUCACUAAUCGGCUGGAAGUAGUUAGAAUCGUUGAUAACGAAAUUGAAGAUGUGAAUGUUGCAUGGGAUUACUUCACGGUGUUGUCAAGCGAGUGCGAAUACUCAAAUCCAUUGCCUCCCCCGCAUACUUUGAAACAUAUGCAACCUAUGGACACCGGCGUAGUAGUGAACACUUUAUUUGGGUCCACUUUCGACCAGUCGCAGUACUGCCUGGAAUCUUUUAUCGAGGGAACUGUAGAAGGAGAGAACGAAGUGUUUGUCGUUGUGUGCCAACCGACACCGCAGGAAAAGGAACACAGGAAUCGCCGCCUGUGGCAAAGUAACCUGGUGUACUACGUUCUCAGGGUUGUGUCCGUUAUCCUCAAUCUUGUGUCUCUUUCGGUUUUCGGUCUGUUACCUGAACUACGCAGUGGCUGCGGCAAAUCCAUUAUGUGUUACCUGAUUUGUAGGAUCUACUUGUCUCUUGACGACAUUAUCAACUUGACCAAAAUUAGUCCCACCAACAACCGUGAAAUCUUCUGCUUCAUUGGAAGUUACGUAGUGACGUUCUCAUUAUUAGCAAGUCGGACCUGGCAACUAGUUAUAGCUUAUCAGAUCUGGUCUGCAUUUAGACCAGGACACUCAAGUGCGAGUGGGUCAGGCCUAAGAACGUUCCUCUUGUAUUCAGCAGUGGCCUGGGGGGCACCUGUUGCUGUAAUCCUCGUCGCCCUAGUCGCCGACUUGUAUCCUAGUGCUCCCGAGUAUUUUAAACCUCGAUUUGCUGAAGAGGACUGCUGGUUCAACAAUGGUGAUGCCCAAUUCGUGUACUACGUAGUGCCGUACUACGCAAUUGAAAUGCUAGUAAUGGUGCUGUGUGUGACCACUAUUUGGCAACUCCAUGUUGCUAGGCAAGACUCAGCGGCACUCCACGGUUCUGAGAGUCGCAGACAUAACAUCAAAGACAUCCAAUGGUCAAGACUAUACAUGAAGACGGCUGUGGUGAUGGGAGUGAACUACGCAUUACUUCCCCUGGUUGUGUUCAUCAACAAAUACUAUCCAACAUCUCGGUUUAUAAAGAUCAGCAUAUUGAACAUCGAUGAUAUCAGGGGAGCUGAAAUUUUCCUUAUCUUUGUACUGAAGCAAGAAAUAGUGACGCAAGUGGUUCAACGACUCAUGUUCUGGCAACGAUCUCCUUAAAAACGUUUACGUUUAACAAACUUCAGAACCAGCAACCAAGAAUAGUGUUUAUUAGUCACUAUGAUCAAAAAAUCAUGUUCAUUAAAAUAAACAUAUAUAACGUAGUGUA